AUGGUUCGUGUGAGCUAUAAAAAGUCUCAAGAAGAGCCACAUCAUGUUGAUUGUCAAAUUAACGAACGUCGUUUCAAGACAAUAACACCGGACCUCGAUACACGAUGUAAGAAAGAAGAGCAAGUAAGUAAAGAGUUCAUGACGGUCGGUGAAACGUUGGAGCCACGAUCACUUAUUAAUGUGUGCCUUUGA